ACUAAUCCUUACUAUUUUCUAAACUUGAGAAGACUUUCAUACUUCGGUCCAACACUACAACAUCGCUGGCGUAGUCUCCAUACGAAACACUACCCGAGGGUGCAGCCACAGCCUUGUCCCCAAAUAGCUUACGACCGAACGUCCCAUUCAACUGCCAUCGCUAUGCCCAAGCUCAAGACACUAAUAGCAUGGCCCAGUCCUGGACGAGCGACUCCGGUGCAUUUAUCAGCAAACGAGUCCGACAGUGGUGACAACAGGGUCGGCACUCGAGGCCGGCGACUCGAGAGAUCGGCGGUAGACGAAGAUGAAAUCGGCGAGAACAAAGAAGAUGUCGAGAUGGAGGACUGUUCGCGCAAGAGACGGAGAAGCAGAAAGGGUUUGGACAAGAAGUUCGAGUGCCCACACACGGACUGUGGGAAGCAAUACUCCCGAGCCGAGCACCUUUACCGACAUCAAUUGAAUCAUAAACCCAAGCAGAUAUAUCACUGUGACUUCCCAGACUGCAAUCGUUGUUUCGUUCGAGAAGACCUUUGUGCAAGGCAUAGGGAGCGUCACACAGCAAGAGGGUCACAACUUCUCCGCAAAGACACUUUCUCGCACAACUUGACCCCAAUAGUAUCCGAAGCAAUUUCUGGAUCCACUUCCAAGUUCUCUGCUAAGUCCGAAAUAUUUCCCCCUUUCGAUUGCUCCAUUACCAACUCUAUACCAGCCAUAUCACCGCCUUCGGUGUUUGGUACCUCUCCGACCCCUUCUUCGGCUGCAUUCUCAGGAAAUGCCUCUCCCAAGAACACUUCAAUCCCCAUCCUAGAUCAGGAGCCUUACCUGCAACCAUUCGUAUACUUGCCUUUUACCGAGCCCCUGAACUCGACCGAUUUAUCACCAGUUGCAGGGGAUCAUAACAGCAGUGAUGGAGAGCGAACUCAUUCCUUGAGGGAGCAAAGAUCGCCUUCGACUGACGUAACAACAGUUGCUGCUUCUAGCCCAGCCGGGUCCUUUGGAGAUACUCUUACCUUUGUCGACACCAAAGUGAACACGGACGAUCGUUUGCUCAACCCAAGUAAAUACAUUGACAAUAUCGAGCAGCUCAGGCAGCUGGUGUUUCAGAACUCGGCUAUCAAAUGCCAGGAGAAGGCAAGCAACAUCUCAUCGGAUGCCUCAGACGGAUAUGUCCUGCUUCGUGAGCUGUGCAGCCUGAUUUUUAGGACCUGUCGAAGCCUACGGAGUCUCCAAGAAGCAGGCUUCUGUGAACACUUCUUCAGUGUAUUGGUCCUUGACAAGUCACGUCUCAAUGUUGCAAAACUAUUGCCCAUUGAGAUCGCAAGAGUGGAGCAACUCUGGGAAAUCUUCGAGGAAACGCUGCUUGACGCAGAGCGCGGUAAAGUCGAGAAAAUGAAGGCAUCAAGGAAGGAAGGCACCCCAGGAUUCAAUUUCAAAAGCAACAUACUCCAAAAGCUGUCUUCUGCCUGUCGUGAUCUCUUAUCACAAUUACAGGUUAUGCCGACUGUUCCAGAACCACCGGAUCCUAUUCUAUUGUUGGCUACAACUGUGCACUUUCUCGAUCUUGCAGUUCUCUCAUAUGUUGGAACACACAUUGGAGAUGCGAUCGAACUAUAUCGAAGUCAACACGAUGAUACAGUUCAUAUUCCUGGUCGUUUCGGCGCUCUUCAGAAAACAAAAUGGGGGGAGCUUCAUAAUGGUGACCAUGUCACCUUGCGAAAGAGGCAACUACAGUGCCUCGACAAAUUUCUUGGGUAUCGAAAUGUUUGGGUUUUCCAAAAUCAUAUUAACCCCUCGAGAAAUGAGCGACUUUACCUAUCAACGGAUGUGACCACACUAGCGGACGUGUGGGGGCCGUUGUGGAAAUCAAAAGCAGACGCAAAAUCACGAAGAAUUUCGCGAUAUGAUGUCGGAAAUGGCUUCGUCGUGCCAUGGGAUAGAAAUCAAGAGUUUGAUCCGCUUCCGUCCUCUCAUGGUGAGGGAGGGACCGAAGUGUUCUGCCACUGGAUAUGUACCCGAGAAUGGGACGAUGACUAUGUUGAGCAACACCAGAAGGAAGUUUUCAGCAAAGACUUCUUUGAAUCCGACCGAUUGUUGAUCGGCGCAAGUGUAAAAGACCGGCUGGCGGUCAAUGACCAAUGCGCCAUCCCGAUGGCACGCAAGUUGCAAAUCAAGCAAGCAAUGAAGAAUGCUGGAAAUUUAAGGCACCGAGGGACAUGUAAGCCACGUCAAGAGAAGGGCUCUCAGACUUAUCAAGUCCAAGCUAGUGCCGCGGGUUUUGCAACACUCGGAACGACACUAGAAUACAAACGAGUAGAGGGCUUCAACAUCAAAGACGCACUCUUACAACGCUGGCGGAAUGGAUCACGCAACAUCAAAUACCUCGAGAUAUGGGGUGGAGUGGAGGUGUCUUUAUGUACGGAAAACGCACGGAGAAUACAAUUACUCCAUCUCUUGCGGUCUCCGGGGCUGAGUCGCUAUCUCAAGACAAUAUGCUUCCAAUGGAAUUCCUCAGAGUGCGAGCUCGCUUACUUUGAAGCCUUGAAGGACCGCCGAAGUUUUCGGAAGUUCUGGAAAGAGCAUCCCGAAUGGCAACGUAAUAUCGGUGACGCUAUCAAUGAAUGUUUCAUUGCAUUAGAAGACACAGGAGUUGACGAAAGAGAUGGUGCGCUUUCUGCUUUGUGGGUCGAAGUGUUCGAGAACGAAGAUGAGCGUGAAGCAGACGGUUCUGCAUCUGAGUUUGCUGUCGCAGAAGAACAUCUUGUUGUCCUUCGCCGCUCUGAGCAUACCUGGACAGGUCUGCUCAAGGACUCUCCAGAAUGCAUUACCAUGGCUAUUACCGAGAGUAUUUGUCUGGACUUCGAUGAUAGCGAUGGCUAUGGUAUGCGGUGUCAGAGCUUGCGUUUUAGUCAAGACGGGAGGAACGCGAGACGACACUCUCCCGGAUAUUCGGUUUUACAGACCGCAAUACUCGUCAACGAAGAUCUUCUUGAAGAUUCCGGUCAACUAUGCUACAGGACCUCCUCACGCAAGCGAAAAAUAGUUGAGUGUGAAGAGGAAAAGGCUCAAGCAGAAAUGAAGAAUGGAUCCCGAAGGAAGCAGCACUCUGAAGACUACGCGAGAUACCAUAUGGAAUAUUUUGGAGACGCUUCUCAAAGUUGGAAUGGGUACUGGGAUAUCAAGAAGUGGGUACCCAGUCUUGAUGGAAUGGCAGCCAGUUCUGAACACCAUGGGUAA